GAGAGAGAGAGAGAGAGAGAGAGAAGGCAGCUGUUUUCUUCCAGGCAACAUCAGGUGUUGGUCCCUGUCAGUUUCUUUGAGGUAAGUUCUCCUUGUUGCUGCUACCUUUUCCAGGGUAUGGGCUCAUCCAUGAGCCUCCAGAGACUCUCCUGCCUCCACCUCCAGGACCUCCCUUGGUAUAUCAACAAUGUGCCACUUUGUCAGUUCUUAUAUGCCUUAUAUGUACAUGGCUGUUACUCUAUCCUUUGAGGUAUUUAUGAAGGCCAGCAGCUGUCUUUUUGUUCAUUGGUUUUUUAUUCCACCUCCUUUGUCCAUGACUGGGAUCACUACUAUGUACCUCUUUCUUGAGCUUUACUGUUUCUGAGGGUCAAAGCCAAGAUAUUCACACUUGAGUGACAUACACAUUACCCACUGAGCCAUUCCUCAACCAAACACUUGUAUUUUUAACCAGCAGCAAUACGUAAUCUCUUCUGCAAGUAGUCAAAUUUUGUACUUCCUUAAUGCCAUCCUGACAGAAACCAGGAGAUCUUAGACAAUAUGCUAUUGGAGUAAAAAAUUGACCAUGCAUAUAAGGUCCUUAUUUUCAUUGGCUUAUUUUCUUUAAGACAGCAUCUUACUAUGUAGCUUAUGUGAGGCCGGAUUUGCUAUAUAUAUAUAAGGAUAUACACUUUGUGCAUGUGAUCUUUACUUUCCAUGCCAUAUCUACCCUUCUUCACCAAGUCAGAGCAUGACAAUGUUGGUGAGAUUGAAGAUUCGGCCUAUACAUUUGACUGUGUUUUUAUGAUGUUUAUUGUAAUCCUUCAUUCUAGACUCACCAUUAUGGAUCCUCUCCUGAAAGCAAAUGGUAACUUUGCCAUAAAGCUUUUUAAAGUAUUGGGUGAAGACAUCUCAAAAAAUGUAUUUUUCUCACUCCCGAGCAUAUCUUCAGCUCUGUCUAUGAUCUUAAUGGGAGCAAAUGGAACCACUGCAAGCCAGAUAUGUCAGGCAAUGUCUUUGGAUAAAUGUAACAGCAUUGGUGGAGGUGAUGUCCAUCAGCACUUCCUGUCACUUCUUACCAAAGUGAACAAGACUGACACAAGGUGCAUGCUCAGAAAAGCCAACAGUGUCUUCAUAGAAGACAGUUUUGAAAUCCUAGCAUCUUUUAAAGAUGCCUGCCAUAAGUUGUACGAGGCAGAGAUAGAAGAGCUGGACUUCAAGGGUGCUCCAGAGCAGUCCCGACAGCACAUCAACACCUGGGUAGCCAAAAAGACAGAAGAUAUAAUCAGAGAGUUACUGCCUCCCUGUACAGUAAAUUCAAACACUUGCCUCUUCCUUGUGAAUGUCAUCUACUUCAAAGGAAGCUUGGAGAAGCCAUUUAACAAAGCUGACACAAGGGAGAUGCCUUUCAAAGUCAGCAUGAAUGAGAAGAAAACUGUGCAAAUGAUGUCUCAGAAAUCUACAUUUAAGAUGACUUAUGUGAAGGAUAUAUCAACACAGGUUCUGACUCUUCCCUUUGAAAACAGUAUCCUCUCCAUGUACUUCUUUGUUCCAGACAGCCAUGUUGCUCAGAGAAAGUUGGAAAAUGAACUGACUUAUGAUAAAUUCUUGGAGUGGACAGACGAGGACACGAUGGAAGAAAAAGAGAUGGAGGUUUUCCUCCCACGGAUCAAACUGGAGGAGAGCUAUGACAUGAAUGGUGUCCUUCGCAAGCUGGGCAUGACUGAUGCCUUUGAGGAGGAUAAAGCAGAUUUUUCUGGAAUUUCUUCUAAGCAUGGCUUGUUUCUGUCCAAGGUUGUGCAUAAAUCCUUUGUGGAGAUGAGUGAGGAGGGCACAGAGGCUGCAGCUCCCACUGACGUGGUAACAAUGAAAUCACCACUGACUCCUAGAUGCUUGAUUGCAGACCAUCCCUUCCUUUUCUCCAUUCAAGAUACUAGAAGCAAAGAGAUUCUGUUCCUUGGCCGGUUCUCCUCUCCCUGAAGAAUGGGUGUUCCUGUCAGUCUUUUAACGACUCUCCGUGUUUUACCUGUGAAUCAAGUGACCUUAUUCAUAAGUACAAUGACAAUUAUGAAAUAAAUGCCUUUAUGGCACCUCACUUUCUGAA